UUAGUUCGUAAUAGUAACGCGAUUGAACGAAACCGACACGUCUCGAGUCGAUCGCUGCGCCGCGCAACCGAUCCUUUUCCUUCUUCCACCGUGCGCGGCGAUCAUCUCGCCUUGAAGCUUUCUCUCUCGCUCCUUUGUUUCCCAAUGCUCUAACACUUUCGAGCGAAUCGCAACAGGCGACUUCAUUGCGUGCCGUUCGCUCGUGUCCGCUCGAGCAACGAGGUUCCUUCGCCGAGCGGAUUCUUUGUCUCCGUUGUUCUCGAAUUCGAGCGCGACACGUCCGCCGGGAACCGGUGUCCGAAAAAUGAUCGAACAGUGAGUGACUCGCGAGCGUUCCGUAAUCCAACGUUGUCCCGGCUCUCGGUGGAAACCUUGCGUGACGGUGUUCAACCGGUUCAACGGUGCGACACGCUGGAAAAAAUACGCCAGAGGGAAAAUCGAAUCAGACAGUGUCUACGGAUCGGUGGAAAAAAAAUAGCUGCUCGACAUCCACGGUAAAGCAGAGGAAGGGCCGGCGAGAUGUCCGAGUACUGCGAGUACAUGUGGGAUCCCACGAGGGGUCACGCGAGCACCGCUCUGGCGCGGAGCAUUUACGAGGAGGAAGCCAGGUUCGACAAACGUGACAAGAAGCUGGCCAUUAAGACCGUCCGAGCGAUAUUACGGGAAAUGCCGGAUGUAGACCUGAAGCACUGCACGGACGAAUAUAUUACCCGUUUCCUGCUGGCCCGGAAGUAUCGGACGGAGCAGGCUGCUGCCCUGAUAGCCGCUUAUCAGGCGCAAGUAGCACAUCGACAAGAUAUCUUCGGCAAUUUAACGGCUAGGGACCCGGCCCUGCAACGAGCGCUGCGCGCUGGGAUACCGGGUGUACUUCCGGCUCGUGAUAGGAAAGGUAGAUGCGUGCUGGUUAUUUUAGCCUCUCAAUGGGACCCCGUAGCGGUACCAGCGUUGUCAGUGCAGAGGGCACUCUUCUUGGUACUGGAAAUUCUCAUUCAAGAUCCUCGAAAUCAGCAAUCCGGUUUCGUGGCCGUGGUGGAUUGGAGUGGUUUCUCCUUGCGGCAGGGCGGUGCUUUGGGCGCAGCGGCGUUGCGAAACCUAAUAGCUGCCCUUCGUGGACGAUUUCCGGCACGAUUUAAAGCCAUCCACUUCCUCUCUGCGCCUUUAUACGUCCAGGCCACAUUGGCCCUUGUGAAACCCUUCCUGGAUGAAAAGACUCGGAACAAGAUCUACCUUCACGGGAAUAAUUUGAGCACGCUGCACGAACACCUGCCUACUGACAUCCUGCCAGCGGAGUUAGGUGGUACGGGGCCUGCUUUUAAUCCAGGACUAUGGGCAGAGCCAGUCAUUCAUUCAGCAAUGAAGGAAGCUGAACUGGCUGCCAUAAAAAAGGAGAAGGAUCGCGCUGAGAACGGUGGGAAAAUGUGUGACAAAACGCUGAUAGAGUCGAAGAAUGUAGAGAAUCACAAGAGAAACGAGACGAACAGCUUGGAGUCUAGUAAUAACAUGAACAGAGAGAAUGGGAGACGAUUUUUUAAUCCUUUUGGUAGUUCCGCGAGGAAUCAGUCGACGAAAAAGCCCGGGGCUAAUGUAGAAUUAAAUUUAAUUAACCGUAGUAACACAGAAGAGGGAAAGGAGAGCAGGAAAGGGUGUAAAAUGAUAGAGAAAAACGAGGAUCCUUAUUGUCAGAGUAGAGAUAAAAUGUUGAGCAAUGGGAACGACGAUUAUUUCAAUGAUAAAAGGGACUCGUACAAAGACGUGGAGGAUAAUUUAUUAACUUACCAGUCUGAAACAAAUUCUAAUAACUAUGAGAUCUCGAAUAGGAUAGACAGCGAUGACAGUAAGGAGAACUCAUUAGAUAAUAGAUCAGAGAAUGCACUUAUUGACGCGAACAAGGGUGAGAUCCCGUCUGAAGAAACGAAUCUCAUAACAUAAUAACAAUCUCGUGGACGUACUAAUCUUUAAAACGAAUUCGUUGAGUACUUAAGCGGAAUUUUUAUACGGUAUAUUAAAUUUAGAUAUGUGUAUCUAAAUAAUGAAACUUUUCAUAGAUCUUUGACGAGAGGAACAAAUAAAAAUUGAUAUAGUUUUAGAAUAAUCUUCUAUAGGCUGUAAGAAGUAUCUUGUGAUAUGGUUAACAUUAUUUUUAAUGUAUUUAAACGUUCAUGAGGCUUUUAUUUUUCUCUCUUAUAUAGAAAACAUUCACUUACUGGUAUCAACACAUUUAGGUAUUAUUAGAAUAUUUAAGCUAACAAAUUUCAUUAAGAUUAUUGUUUUAAACAUAGAACUUUGGUUCUGUUAUCAAAAAUAUAGAAAAUGUUCCUUCAAAGUAUUG